AUUUGCUUUGCAUAGUUUGAAAAAUUAAAUAUCAUAUAUAAUUUUAAUUUGUUCGUAAUAGCUUAGUUCCUUUUCUCGCUUACAAAGACUCAGUUUUCCCGGUUGACAACGUUUGCUACAAUAGCUUUUUUCUUUUUUGACUGAUACAAUUGUUCUCUCUCUAAACAUUAUUAUUUUCGUUUGAAAAAUAGCUUUUCUCUAAUUGAAUCCUUGAUAUUCAGUUUGUACAGUUGACGGAUUGAUGCUGAAGCUGCUUCAUAACAAGCUCAAAAUAAAUCGAGCUAAGGAUCUCAUGAUGCAGCUACAGAAUCUAGUGGAUCAUAUUUCCGAGGAUAUAAACAGAAUUGAGAACCAGCUGCGUCCUCGUCUUCAGCGCACGAUGUCAGCAUCGUCCGUGUAUCCAGAAAGCUUUCUCUUGCUACCAUCGGCUGCAAACUUAGGCAUAACGGAAUCCAUUUAUUUCUCCCAUAUUUCUUCCCCUGGGGAUUCCUUCAUGGACUGUGACUCUUCCUUGGAGUUCUCAAAUGUCAACAACGUAGUUGACACCAGGAAUAACGGGGGUUUUGUCAAUGAACAAUGGGUUCAGCCAGGUUUGGUAUAUCCAGCAAUGCCAGAGUCUGAUCGUGCGAGUGAGGCCUUUCAAAACAUUUUGCCAGAAAAGGGGAACCUUCUGCGCUCUGUUAUAGAUGCAGGUGCUGUGCUUCAGAUGCUUCCCGUUGCAGGGCCGCUUCCUUUGUGGCGUCACCCACCUCCACAAGGAUCACAACCUAUUAAUUUUGCUCCACCUCUUACCAUCAAAGAUCUUGAUGUUGCAGAUAUGGGGGAUUGUGCUGAUCUCCAAGGUGAUUCUUUUUCAGAUUCUAUGCUGAAUUUUGCAGGGGUUCCCUCUGAUCCAUGGAUCCACGAUCAAGUCCCUGGAAGCAAGCGGCAUAGGCUUUACUAAUUUCGCUGAUAUUUGCUUCUCGUCUUAGCUUGAGUGUUACAACCAGCAUUUGGGAUCAUGGUUAAGAUGCUAGAAUGCAAUCUUUUGUCCUGGUGUUUAGGGAUCACUUUUUCAUUGGAAUCUACUUAAUUGGUGGAGCUAGACUUACUUUUCUUUAGUUCUUUACACACACGCACGCACACAAGUUGAGACUUUUUAGUAUUGGCCAUCUCGAAGUUCAUGGACAAUAAUAAUAGUACGAAGUUACUUUACGUUAAACUUAUAGGAGGCGUGUCGAUAGUUAAUAUGUUUUUCUUUCCCAAUUACUUUUGGAGCAUUUGAUAAUCUUCUGAAAUAUAUUGACGAGGCUUGUGGUCAUAUAUUUAUUUAUU